CGCAAACUGUCAACAUUCUCUAUUUUCAAGCGUAAGUCUAACUAAAACUAUUGUUAUGUCUUUCAAAACGACUUGGCACUCUGGCACACUGAACGUAGUCAAAUUGAAGCGGCAUUUAAAGCAUUUCUAUCAUACCGCUCAUGCGUUUAUAUCGGUGUUUGCCAUUAUCUACAUGUGUCUGCUCUAUACGUUGCGUCAACACAUUUACUGUCUAUCCUUGAGCUGGCUGAGAAUCGUGCAGCUUUAUGCCUGCGCUGGCUACAUGGCCAUAUUGUUGACCUUGAUUGUCUACUACUGUUGCAUGGCUUUGAGGCUAAUAUGCUCGCUUCGUCGCAUCAAACAACUGACGCAAUUACGUUGGCAAAUUAAGCAGCAAGCGAAGCUCUUGGAGCAACAGUUGGUGCAGCUGGAGCGAAAGUAAAGUUCAGCUUACAAUUAGUUGAGCAAGCAGCAGUAACCAGAGCUGAAGAGAUUGUUGCUGCUGCGCUGCUGCUGCUGCUGAUGAUGAUGAUGAUGUUGAGAAUAUGCAAAGCGUUUAAUC